AUGGAUAACCAUGGCUCCUAUACAACCAUUGAAUUUAUCACUUUUUGCGAGGAACAUUUCAUUAUUCCUUUCUACUUUCUACCCCAUACUACGCACCUUUGUCAACCGCUAGAUGGCCAAGCAUUUCAAUGCUUAAAACACUACUUCCGUAAGGAAAAUAGUGAGGUUGUUAUGCUUAAUACUAAGCUUAUUAAUGACAUUGAGCAAAUGGAGUAUCAAUCUCAAAGAGUGAAAAGGCAUAUACAGCGGAGUAUGGAUGCAAAUGCGCUUUUAGUCCAAGAGCUUGAUUUAGCACAUAAAUCAGCUGCAACUACCAUAAGAAAUGGGAAAUCGAUUCUUGGAUCAAGGGGCUCAGUGCUAUCCCCUCUCUCGGCAAAUAGAAAGAUAGUAAAAAGGCUAGAUGCUGAUUCCAAGAAGUUGCAACGGCUACAGGCUAGGCAUGCCAAGGAUUUGGAAGCAGAGCAGCAGGCCCAGGCGGCGAGGGAUUUAUUAGAAAGUAAGCAUGAAGCUUCAAUGGCGGCAAGAGAUAGUAUAGAUGGAAAU